AAGGUAUUUCGGGACUCGUAGUGUUUAGCGUAGUCAUGUAGGUCCUGGAAGUUAUAAGCUAUUGUAAUUCUCUCUGUUUCUCCAUAUAAGUGUGGCCAAACUCUCUAUUCUGUUGUAAUUAUUUUAAUAUGAUUAAUAGGCCGUUUAAAGUUUUUGGUUAACGAUCGGCAAGGAAGUCAUGAGUUUCAUGGCAACCUGGCAGGACCUAGAAGCCGCUGCUGCUUCCGCCCGGGCCUGGUCUCCUCCGAGGAUCUGUUGCCGUCAUGUCGGCUGCGAUUGCAUCUCUGGCUGCUUCGUACGGUUCGGGUUCAGGGUCCGAAUCGGACUCGGACAGUGAGGGCGGACGGUGUCCGCUGCCAGCCGCCGACUCCCUCAUGCAUUUGACUAAAUCGCCUUCAGCCAAACCCUCUCUGGCCGUGGCGGUGGACUCGGCUCCGGAGGUGGCAGUUAAGGAAGAUUUGGAGACUGGAGUUCACCUUGACCCUGCUGUUAAAGAAGUUCAGUAUAACCCUACAUACGAGACCAUGUUUGCUCCUGAGUUUGGACCAGAAAAUCCCUUUAGGACACAGCAAAUGGCUGCACCUAGAAAUAUGCUUUCGGGAUAUGCUGAACCAGCCCAUAUCAAUGAUUUUAUGUUUGAACAGCAAAGAAGAACUUUUGCUACAUAUGGUUAUGCAUUAGACCCUUCAUUAGAUAAUCACCAAGUGUCUACUAAAUAUAUUGGUUCUGUAGAAGAAGCUGAAAAAAAUCAAGGUUUAACUGUGUUUGAAACUGGUCAGAAGAAAAUAGAAAAGAGGAAAAAGUUCAAAGAAAAUGAUGCAUCUAAUAUUGAUGGUUUCUUGGGACCAUGGGCAAAAUAUGUGGAUGAAAAAGAUGUAGCCAAACCUUCAGAAGAAGAACAGAAAGAACUAGAUGAAAUCACAGCAAAGAGGCAGAAAAAAGGCAAACAAGAAGAUGAGAAACCUGGGGAAGAAAAGACAAUCUUACAUGUUAAAGAAAUGUAUGACUAUCAGGGCAGGUCCUAUCUUCACAUACCUCAGGAUGUUGGUGUUAAUCUGCGGUCAACUGUGCCACCUGAGAAGUGUUAUCUUCCCAAAAAACAAAUUCAUGUGUGGUCAGGGCACACAAAGGGCGUCAGUGCAGUCAGAUUGUUUCCUCUCUCUGGCCAUUUAUUGCUGUCUUGUUCCAUGGACUGUAAAAUUAAGUUAUGGGAAGUUUAUGGAGACAGGCGCUGUCUACGAACAUUUAUUGGUCAUGGUAAAGCUGUUAGGGACAUCUGCUUUAAUACCGCAGGAACACAGUUCCUCAGUGCAGCUUAUGACAGGUAUCUUAAGCUCUGGGACACCGAGACAGGACAAUGUAUAUCAAGAUUUACAAACCGAAAAGUACCCUAUUGUGUCAAAUUUAAUCCUGAUGAAGAUAAGCAAAAUCUCUUUGUGGCUGGGAUGUCUGAUAAAAAGAUUGUGCAAUGGGACAUUCGAAGUGGAGAAAUUGUACAGGAAUAUGAUCGGCAUUUGGGAGCUGUCAACACCAUUGUUUUUGUUGAUGAGAACAGGAGAUUUGUGAGCACAUCUGAUGAUAAGAGCCUAAGAGUUUGGGAAUGGGAUAUCCCUGUGGAUUUUAAGUACAUAGCAGAACCCAGUAUGCACUCAAUGCCUGCAGUGACUUUGUCUCCAAAUGGGAAAUGGCUAGCAUGCCAAUCAAUGGACAACCAAAUCUUAAUUUUUGGAGCACAGAACAGAUUCAGAUUAAAUAAGAAAAAAAUCUUUAAGGGCCAUAUGGUAGCAGGCUAUGCUUGUCAGGUGGACUUUUCACCAGACAUGAGCUAUGUGAUUUCAGGAGAUGGAAAUGGAAAAUUAAACAUCUGGGACUGGAAGACCACAAAACUCUACAGUCGAUUUAAAGCUCAUGAUAAAGUGUGUAUCGGUGCAGUGUGGCAUCCACAUGAAACAUCUAAAGUGAUAACAUGUGGUUGGGAUGGUCUCAUUAAAUUGUGGGAUUAAUGAGAUUUACCCUUAAACUAUCCAGGAUUAUUUUUGAUCAAACAUCAUAUUUAACUAUAUUUAAUUAUUAAAUGUGUUGAAUGGCAACUUGAUUUACAAAUUGUGGUUUCCUUAUAUGGCCUUAUGAAGUUGUUCCGUUGUUUAAAAAAAAAAAAGAAAGCUUUGGGGCCUCCUCUGGUGGCGCAGUGGUUGAGCGCUGGGCUGAGAGGCUGCUCGCAGCCUCUGCAGCGCUGGUUCGUUACCCAGCCGCCAGCGAGGGUCCCACAGAAAAAAAAAAAGGCUUUGUAAAUUUGGCUCAUAUAAUUUCAUUGGCAACUUCAUUUUGUUUUUUAUAAAUGUAAUUUCUUCAGAGAAUGACCACUGACUUUGUAUUUGAUAAGUUGUUAUUAUUGGCAGGCAGUUUGGGUUUACCCCCAUGAAAUGUUGAAAGGAUCCCUUUGGAGUCAAGAAAGAAUCCCUAGUGAAUUUGGGGUUGUCAGGAAGGAACAGAAUUAACUCAAAAAAGUACCAUAUACUUAUUAACCUCCUCAACAUAAAGGGCCAUAAAGAACAAGGAUGAUGUCAUUUAAUACGAAUCUUAAAGGAGUGUAAGACCACCCACAAUUACAGUCCCAAUAUUUUCAGUAGGUCAAGUUCUAACCUUUUGGAUUCAGAGUUCCACUAUUUUUUAUGACAUGCUGUGUAUUUUUUUAUUGUAAGCCAGCAACCUUCUUUGGUUGCAACAUUCCUCAAAUUAUUAAACAGUGUAAAAUAAAAAUCAGUCCAGAGUUCUUUCCUUGAUUUUCUUCCUGAUCAGCAUAGAUAGGACUAUAUAUAUAUUUAACCAGAGAAUUACAUUAUUUUUGAAGAUGGAACUCGAAAAUGAGUCAAGACUUGAAUAUUAUUUGUAUUUGCUGUCAGUGAGGACCUGGCUACACUUUCUGAAAUCAGGGCCUCCUAGGUCAUUGCUUCAGACGUUACUACUGAAACACUCCUCAUAGGAGAUAUAGUAUGAGGGCAUAGUCCAAAAUGUCAUCUUGUAAUAUCUUUGAAGUUGUAUGUUUUAUCUUUAAAAUUACUGGUUUUUCUUAUGAAUACAUUCAAUAGAAUUUACUAAAAUUAGAAAAAAAUUAAUUUUUUUCCAAAUCUUUUAGUAAAAUUCACACUCUAGGAAGAUGGCUGGGGUUUCCCAAUUUAGGAAGCAGUGACUGUGGUUUGAAAAUAAAGCUUAAAAUAUUUGGAUUGUGAACUCAAGAUAGCCUCCUGGAUAUAGUAACUGAUAGCACUUUAGUGUGUGACAAGCCAUUUCUCCUGUUUUAUUACAAAUCUAUGUCAGAUGUUUUAAUGUGGUUUGAAACAUCUCAAUGCCAUGCUAAAAAAAGAUUGGUUCAUAGCUGCUCGGAGUGCCGACUUGGAGACCAAAAUCAUGUUGCGUGUUGAUAUCCUAAGGGCAUUAGCUCUGAUUCCUGUGCUCUCAAUAGCAGUUCAUGCUCCUUGCCCUUAGAAACUUACAUUUUUUUUUAAUUAAAAUUAAAAUAGAGAGGGGAGCCUGGUAUAAAUGAUCAGAUGCUAUAGCCUGUAAAUAAAUAUCAAAGAAGAAAAUAGUAAAAGAGAAUAAAAGUGGUAGAGAAGUAUUUGGAACUCACAGGCAUGCAAAGAAAUAAGAAUAUACUGCCUGGCUGCUGCUGUUCAUGUACCUGCCAGGAAGGGUGGCUGCCAUUUCCUAAGGAGGAAAGAAUUCUUUAGACCCAACCAUGGGUUUUAACAAAUGUGAAUUAUUGAAAUGUGAUGGGACAGAGAAUCAUACAUUUAAUCUAUCUUGUUCGGCAUCAGUAUUGUUUGUAUAUGUUAAAAAUCAUAAUUUCUAGAUCUGGGUUUAUUUUGUUGUGUUUUUGACUGUUUCUUAACUAAGUAACUGUAUAUAAAAGUCUCCUUUUUUUAAAGAUAUUUUUAAUAAAAUUUUUUGCAGAA